UAUUUCAAGAUCGCUACCGAAGUACAUAAACAUACGUGCAGUUUAUCUUCUUUUAGGCAACAUUAGAACAUCACAGAGCUUUUUAUAGAUCAUCAGAAAUUGCCACAUUCACAUAUUUUACCAAGCGCAAUUGUUUCGGAAGUGAAAAAUAAUGUCCGACGAGGAAUCAUUCAUUGUCCUGGGAUCGACACCGACCCCGUCCAUGGAACAGUACCUUUCCGACGGUGGCCCUGAAUCGCUAAAAGACAAAAUUAUGACCACUUCUACCACCCAGACCAUUUCGAACAACUUCAGCUUGAUUCAGGCGGAUGAGUCACUGAAAUCGACAAAGUCGACAGGUGCAAAAUCGUUGCAAUCAGAGCAAGGUAAAUCGGCACCGGUGAGUAUAAACGGAAGCAAAAAUGCCCUGGCAGCGAGCGUCAUUAUGGGCGAGACCAAGUCCAGCCUGUUUCAAACCUUCCCUAGUUUGAUGCAAUCAUCUAUGCCGAUCGAUGAAGUUCAAGUGCUUCAGCACCUGAUGAACGAGCACGGUCAGAUGAAGGAUAGUCUCCAGAAGGCUAAUGUGGCUAUGAGAAAGAAUUUCACCAACAUUCAAAAGUGGCAAGAUGAAGUCAAGGUAAAAUAUGCCGAUCAGGUGCGAAAGAUCGACGAACAAUGUGCUGCGAUUGAGACAUUGGAAGUGGAAAACGGAAAGCUCAAGCAGGCCCUUGCCUUAGCUGAGACUCGCUCCAGAGAGCAGGAAAAGCGAACCAAUGAGCACAAGCUUGCACUCGAGAAGGCACUGCAGGAUGUCCAGACGCAGAUUCAGGCCGAAAGGGCAUCUGCUGUAGCCGAACUUGAAGAGCUGAAGAAGGUUACAUCUGAAAAGCAAUCAAUUCUGCAGAAUAUGGCUAAGGAGAUCGAACGUCUGGAACUGGAGAAACAGGAGUUUGUGGUGGUCAAAUCAAACAAACCGGAAACCAGCGACGGUGGCGUUCAGUUCAUCACCACGGAAGAACACAAUAGACAGAUCAAGGUGCUGCAGCGAGAAAUGUCCGUACAUGUGGCGAAGAAUUUGGAAUUUGAAGAUAUGCAAAAGAUUUACAUCGACGAGCUGAAUUGCUUGAAGGUGAAUCUAACCGCAGCUGAAGAAGUGCACACUAAGCAGCGCAUUCAGUUGGAACGCCAGGCUAAGGAUAUUGAAACAAAAGACGUCUCGCUAGCGGAGAACAUUCGCGAGCUGAAGACUCUCGCGGAACAAGUCGAUGUUCUGACGGCCCAGUUGGACAUCUACAAGAUCGAUUUCGAAGCUGAGCGAUCGGCUCGGGCAGAGUUGGCUAGCGACAAGGAUCGCAUUAUGAGUGAUCUGAAGCUGCUCCAAAAGCGAAACCAGCAACUGAUCGAGGAGGUUCAAAAUGGACGUGCCGCCGAAGAGAAGGCAACACGUGCGGCUAACGAGUCGCUGAAUAAACGUGAGUCACCGGAAGCGAGCACCAGUGCCGAAACCGGAGCUACUGCUCGUGAGGAGCAAAUUUAUGACCGAAUGGUUUUGCGUUGCCCGCUGUGCAAUGGGUCAUAUAAAGAUCUCAGCACCCUGCAGAAUCACGUUGAGGAUUGCUGGGACGAUGAUGAAGUCGUAGUGAAGCAUGUUGUUCACGCAACCGAUAUGCAUUCGUCGUUGGAUCCUCUGCUGCUGUUUGGGUUCAUUUUGACUGUGAUAGUUGUGGCCAUGAUCAUACGGUUGGCCUUGCAAGUGACUCGAACGCGAAUAGUCAUCAUGCAGAGCCAAGACGAUUACUACUCGGAAGGAUCGAUGCUGAGCUUAGCCGAUUCUACCGAUCCUUAUCGCUUUCGGUACAACGCCCGAUUCCCGGAAUACGGAGGCUUCACAAUGCGCUUGAAAUCGUUCGAAAACUCCCAGUGGAACCCAGUUGAAAGGCGGUACCUAGCGGAAGCGGGAUUCUUCGAACCAGGUCGCCUGCACACGGUACAAUGUUUCUACUGUGGAUUGCGGAUGGCGUUAGAGUGGAAUGACAAUGACGAUCCCUGGCGGCAACAUGCCAAACACGUAGGAAACGACGGUUGUGCCUAUCUCUAUCACAUGAAGGAUCAAGCAUUCGUGAAAGGACAAGAGGUGGGUGAAGGUGGAGGAGCAACAUGUUUCGAUCGGGGUGGCGGUGAAAGCGGAUGGAUUCCAUGCCAGGAGAUGAACAGCUGUAGGCUUUGCUCGCCUAGGUCGAGAGUGAAUCGAGGUUCUUUGAAUCUCAAUUGGUAUUCUUCAAAUCGAAUCAUCAUGCAAACCGUGCAAAGCUUGAAGGACGGAAUCUGGAACCUGCCCAACACGGUAACUAGUUUCCUAGCGAGGGACGAGAUAGUUCCUAGCGGAAGCAAUGAUGAUAAUAACAACAACAGCAAUGUGAUGACUAACAGCGAUAUAAAUACGAACAACGAUGCCGACGACGGUGACGACCACGGCAACGGUGAUGACAUCACUGAUAAGAAUGAUCCGAACGAGAUUGCCGUCGAAGAAGGAGUUACCGUCACGGCAGCAGCAUCGACUAAUUCACUGCUAUCCUACGACGAUGACAUUCUGGAACGUUCCCAUGCCAUUCCCUAUGCUCUGAUCAAAGAACAGUGGCAGCUGGUGUUGGACCAGGAAGCGACUAUUCCGGACAUGGAAACGGCCAUCGUCAAGUGCAAGGAUAUGGUCCUACAGUGUACGGACAAGUCCGAGGAACGGAAAUGGUUAGUUCGGCAUUUGAUUGAGCUGCGUCAUCGGUUGAGGGAACUGCAGGACGUGGACAGCGAUCCGGACGCAACGGCACCGGAAACGAAGGUCAUCCUCGGGCAUCACUUUGUCACGCACAAACAGAGUCCCAAAUACAAGGUGCACUGUGAUCACUGUUCCGGCAUCAUUUGGAAUGUGGUGCAAGCCUCCUACAUCUGCACCGAUUGUUCAUUCGCGGUUCACCACAAGUGUAUACGCAACGUGAUAAGGAUUUGUGCUCACGUAAUCACAACCGAACGGAACCUACCGAUUGAAUGCAUAUGUCCGGAGAUUGGGCUGGCCUUCCAGAAGUACACCUGUGCCGAGUGUGGAACGCAGCUCAGUUGCAAUGCUUCAACUGCUGUUAGUUGCUUUGGAUUGGAAUUGAAAGCAGAGAAACUCAACAGCAUCGUACCCCGCCUAUGCGACUACUCGGGCCUGUACUACUGUCCGGCGUGCCACUGGAACGACACCAGCAUCAUACCGGCUCGGGUGAUGAACAACUGGGAUUUUGUACCGCGUAAGGUCGGUCGCGCUUCGCUACAGCAGAUCCGGUUGUUAUACGAUCGACCGAUUAUCAAUCUAGAAGAACGGAAUCCCCGAUUGUUUCAGUUUGUGCUCAAGUUGGUAGUAGUUAAGAAGCUCCGGCAGAAACUAACGCAAAUGCGACGCUACUUGACGGUCUGUCGUAUAGCCGAUGAAUUAAGGCUGGUUCGUGAGAGCAUUGGGAACAAACGGCACUUGAUGCAGACGGUGGACAUGUACAGUGUGGCGGACUUAGUUGCAGUGGAGAAUGGAACGCUGCCAGAGUUUCUUCGUAAGGUACAUAGUAACUUCGAGAGACACAUCAGAAACUGUGUGAUCUGCUCCGCAAAGGCUUACCUUUGCGAGGUGUGCAACAAUGACGAAAUACUGUUCCCGUUCGACGAUGGUGCCAUCGCUUGUACUCGAUGUAAUUCGAUUUCACAUCGGGCAUGUCAUGUACGCAAGAAUAUGCAAUGCUUGAAAUGCACCCGGUUGCGCAUUCGCGAACAGCAGCUACGUAACGAAAUUUUGGAUGCCGCUAAUGGAAAUUAAUCAGGAAGCUCUCUAGAAACACGCUUUUACGCUUUUAUGGCCGUGUCAUCUUAACCAAAGCUUAAACGAUCAUGCACAAACGCUUUACUUGACAUAAAAUGCAAAACAUAAAUUAA